AUGAUUCCACUCCAAAGUAGCACCGCUCCCUCAAUAUUACCACCAAAAAGCUCUCGUGAUUCGAUUUGUACGGUAAUUACAGCACAUAAUGAUCCGGUACUCAUCUACUCAAAUGUUCCUAUUACUACUGCUGCUGCUAACGAUGGUACUGCUGGUGCUCUCGGUGGUGGUGCUAUUGGCGGUGGUGCUAUUGGCGGUGGUGCUACUGGUGGCGGUAGGGGUGAACAGGAAGGAUCAGGCGCUAUCAAAAGCUCUCCAACACUAGAAUCAGCUGAAAUUCGAACAAGUAGCAGUCAAGAAUCGGAAUCAAGUUCGAAACGACGACCUAAAAUUGAGCAAAUCCCAUUACGAACUGAACCACCAGAAAGUCGCAAAGAAUUACGUAAGAAACGACAGGCACGUGAAAAAACUGACACGAAGUGA